UCACGAAACACGGAUUUUGCUGUAAGAAACCAAACAUGUCCAUUGACCAGCGCUUUUACAUUUACCCGAAAACCCAAAACUAAGCCUCUCACUUUUGUUACUUCCAUCUCAUGCAGAUACCAAUCAGACGACCUCAAAGAUUCAGCCUGGCGAAAUGAGAAGCAGUUAGCAAAGAUAGCAAUAGUGACAGUGGCGUCUGGGGUGUUGACCCUAGGCUCAGUUGCCGAUGCUUCAGCUGCCAAAACAGGUGGCAGAGUCAGUGGUCAAUCGUUCAAGUCAUCAGCUCCGCGCUCAGCCCCAAGAACCAACAGCAAUUCCAGGACCAAUAUAUAUAUAAAUCCAACAGGCGCCCCACCUUUAGUUGGAGGUUAUGGAUUUGAUUUCGGUGGCUGGGGCUGGAGUUGGUCACCAUUUUCCUUCUUUGUUCCUGGUCCUAGUGUUGCAAUUGGUGUUGGAAGUGGAUUCGACACUCUCGUCAUCUUUCUGUUUCUUGGUGCUGUUGCAGCUAUAGCGAGGAGAUUCCUUGGACCCAGAGAAGACGAAGAUGAUGAUUAUUAAUAAUUAGACAGGCAAUAAGUAACAUUUUGUGAGAGAAUCACUUGGAUAACGUGAUAAAUUGAGAGGA